AUGUUGAAUGAUGAUCAACUGCUAUGCGUUGACAGUCGACUGCGAAACGCGGAGAUACUCGAGCAGCCAGCCAGAUGCCCUGUCAUCCUGCCACGCGGGCACUGGGUCACUCAGCUAAUUGUGAAGGAAGCCCAUGAGCAGAGCCAUCAUGCUGGCGGAGUAAGUCACACGUUGGCUCUCUUGUCGCAGACGUAUUGGCUGUUUGCUGGACAAGAGGAGAUCAAAGCGUGGAAAAAGAAGUGUACCCAUUGCCAACGACAAUCAGCAAAGCCAGGAAUGCAGAUCGUGGCACUGCUACCGACCGUCCGUGUGCCUCUGCCCAUGCGAGCGUUCUCCCGAGUAGCAGUGGACUACGCUGGACCCUUCACCACCAAGUAA